GUCUCUUGCUGGUGCACCCAGCAUGGAACCCUCUAGGAAAAGUAAAAUAGUCAUAGAAGAGUGUUGUAGUGACAGUUUCUGGAGAAGCGCAGUCUGGUUCUGGUUCUGUUGGAACAUGAAGACGAAGAGUUGAGGUAAUCACACUUUGAGUUUUUCCUUGAGCAGCUGGCAGUGACUCAGAAGAUGAUGUUUUGUAAGCUUCAUCUGUGGCUUCAGUCUGGAUGUCGGCUUCAUGCUGCCAAGCGGAGCAUCCACAAGCUGGCCUCGCUUCAGAAGGCCACCACACUUUCUCCCAAAGAGAUGCAGAGCUUGCUUUAUCCAUUCAGUGAGCUGGAUGCGUACCUGGACAGGUCUGUGGACAGGACACCGUUUCAGCUCUUCCAUCCAAGUCUGGAGGUCAUGAUUGAGGCAGAGAAGCUCUUCUACUCUUCACCGUCUCAUAAGAUUGAUUACUACAUGUCAGCAGAGAGGAUGGACCAUGCACCUGCACUGAUGCCGCCUGAGGUGUGUUUCAUCGGCAGAAGCAACGUGGGCAAGUCAUCGCUCAUCAAAGCUCUGUUUUCUCUGACUCCUGAGGUGGAAGUCCGAGUCUCCAAAACUCCAGGUCACACAAAGAAGAUGAACUUCUUCAGAGUGGGCCGAGCUUUCACGAUCGUGGACAUGCCGGGUUACGGACACAGAGCUCCCAGAGACUUUGUUGACAUGGUGGAGCCGUAUCUUUACACCAGGAAAAAUCUGGUGAGGACGUUCCUGCUGGUCGAUGGCAGCGUUGGUCUUCAGAAAGCCGACCUGAUCGCCCUGGAGAUGUGCGAGGAGAUCAGAUGUCCGUAUGUGAUUGUGGUGACCAAGAUCGACAGAUGCAGGCCUGGAGUUCUGCUGAUGAACCUGCUGAAGCUCCAGGAUGUGGUGAGAACUGAGACCACCAGCUGCUUCCCCCAGCCGUUCCUCAUCAGGAGUCGAGCGACUGGCUGUCUGAUAGAGAUCCUCCUUUCUUUCUCUCUGCCUCAGCUCUGUCCAUUACUGGGGGAUUUACCUGCUCAGGUGCUUCAUCGCUCAUGUAACAGGAAGCAUCCGAUUGAAAGACACCUCUAAGAGCUGAUGACGGUCUGGUCUGGAUCAGUGAGGACAACCUGGACAAAGCAUCCGUUAAUUAAAACUAAUAAGUUAAAAGAGUUUAACCGUAAAGACUUCUGUGUGUCUUUAAAAGAAAACUGUCUGAGAGGUGUUUGGUAAGCAUCGGCACCACACAGGUAAGAGAGAAGGUCCGGGACUUCAGGAGGAAAGCCAUCGUGUGGCGUCCAUGUAUGUGAGGACAUGUCCUGAACUGAGACUCUGCUUCCUCAGUGUUUAUGGGGAGGAAGCUGCUGCUGGUUUACAGAUCAGAGCAUCCUUUCUCACUGCAUCUCUGUGUGGUGUUCAGGGCCCUGGAAAAAGUCAGAAACCUACCUGCCCCCUCAGGUAGACGCCACCACAUCGCGACCCCUCCCAUCCCAGCCAUCCUGUCCUUCACCUGCUGCAUCCCAGACAGUUUCCACCCGUCUGCUUUCAUUAAAAUAAAAGAUGAGUUUACAUCAGCUCAAACUGGAACUUUACCACUUUUUCAUUGUUUGUUCAAUUAGACUUUUUUAAAUUUUCAACAUUUAGAUUCUGUUUUCUGCCCUUUGUGUGUAAAUAUGCAUCAGUUUUGUUGCAUUUCCAUACGCAGCAACGACAAAGGCCCAAAGUCAGUGCAAAUUUUAUUAAAAGAUAGUUUAUUC